AUGAAGAGAUUCACAAGAGCAUAUAAAAGGGCUAGAAACUCACCAUCUAUUCCUUCUCAAUCAUCUUUGCUCUACAUCAAACAACAAAAAACAAACAAACUAUACUUAGCAAUGGCUGCUCAACAAACAAACAACAACUCCAACACUGCUUCAUCUGCUGGUAAGAAAAACGCUGGAAAGGAUAACUGGGUCGCUGCAGUUCCUGGUGGAUUCGUUGGAUCCAUGUGCACAGUAGUUUAA